AUGAGCGACGCCAAAGAUAUCGACAGCGCCAUUCGGGCCACCAGUAUCGACUUCGAUCCUAAGUCUGGCACCUCCGGAUCGAGUGCCGAAGCGACGUUGCAACAUGGCAGCCCCGAGGUCAUCGACGCAACCGCCGAACAGGCUGAACAAGAGAAGAAGAGGAGGUCAUGGCGUACCCAAUUGGCAUUCUUCAAGACACGGGAUUUCUGGUUCAUCUUGAUUCUGGGUCAGGUUCUGUCUAUCUGCAUCACCGGCACAAACACCUUGACCUCGCUCCUGGGGUACGCCGGGACUAGCAUCCCGGCUUUCCAGUCUCUGUUCAACUACGUGCUGCUCAAUAUCAUCUACACGAGCUACACGAUCUACAAAUAUGGGUUCCGGAAAUGGACUCGGCUGUUAUGGCGAGAUGGAUGGAGGUAUAUCAUUCUCGCCUUUUUCGACGUCCAAGGAAACUACUUCACCGUCCUUGCUUACGAAUACACCACUAUUCUUUCUGCCCAAUUGAUUAAUUUCUGGGCCAUCGUCGUCGUGGUCGUCCUCUCCUUCCUUUUCCUGAAGGUCCGCUACCACUGGGCUCAGAUCCUGGGAAUUCUGAUCUGCAUUGGCGGCAUGGGUAUCCUGCUUGCCUCUGACCACAUCACCGGUUCCAAUAGCUAUAGUGUCUCCUCCGGGCACCAAUUGAAAGGUGACCUCUUUGCUCUUGUUGGAGCCACCGCAUACGGGCUCUGCAACGUCUACGAAGAGUGGUUUGUGUCGGGUCGGCCUUUGUAUGAAGUCAUCGGUCAACUUGGCUUCUGGGCCAUGUUCAUCAACGGCGUGCAAGCUGCCAUCUUUGAUCGCCACUCAUUCCAGACAGCUCACUGGAACGCAAAGGUCGGUGGCUAUCUCACAGGCUAUACACUGAUCCUUACGAUUUUUUACACCUUGGUGCCGAUUCUGUACCGAUUUGCCAGCGCCGCCUUCCAGAAUAUUUCCUUGUUGACGAGCAAUUUCUGGGGUGUCAUCAUUGGCAUCAAAGUCUUCCAUUUGCACGUGCAUUACCUAUACCCCAUUGCGUUUACACUCAUUAUGGUCGGUCAUUUCGUUUACUACUUUGGAAAGGGUGUCAUGGGUGAAGCGUCCAAGGCCUGGCUCGGCGAGAAUCAGGAGAAAGGAAUUGAUGGGUUUGGGUCCGCAAAGAGAAGGAUCAGGAAGAUGCAAGAGAGUGCAGCGGGUCCAGGAGGUCCAGGUAUGGAAGGGACCGAAAGUGCCGGGGUGGUGUGA